AUGGCGGACCAAAAUAUCACAGUGACCUACCAAGAUCGGGUAGCCAUCGUCACUCUGAACCGCCCCGAUAAGCUGAACGCGCUGAACGCAGACCUCUACUACCUCCUCGGCGAACGUCUCCGAGAAAUCGACGAGAGGGAUGACAUCUUCAUCACAGUCCUGACAGGCAGCGGCCGGUUUUUCUCAGCCGGCGCAGACGUGACAGCAGUGCGCCCCAGCGCCGAAACCAGCACCAACGUGCGCCGCGAACUAACCCGCAGCUUCGUCAUCAACAAUUUCGACCUGACGCACACCUUCGCACACCACUCCAAGAUCCUCGUCGUCGCUCUGAACGGUCCCGCCGUCGGGCUCUCCGCAGCGCUGGUCUCCAUGGCCGACUUCAUCUACGCCGCCCCGCACACCUUCCUCCUGACGCCCUUCUCGUCGCUCGGACUCGUCGCUGAAGGCGGCUCAUCGCGCGCUCUCGUCGAGCGCCUCGGUAUCGCCAAAGCUAACGAGGCUCUCAUCAUGAGCAAGCGGAUUACGUGCGACGAGCUGGUGGCGACUGGUUUCGUAAACAAGGUCAUUACGGCCCCGUCUGGCAAAUCUGAUGACUCCGCUGGGUUUUUGAAAAAGGUCCUGGAGGAGGUCGAUGACCGCCUUGGUUCUCACCUGAGCCAGUCUAGUUUGCUGAAGAUCAAAGAGCUGAUCCGUCGGCCGGAGCGGGAGGUUCUGGACCGUCAGAAUGGGAUUGAGGUGUUUGAGGGUUUGAAGCGGUUCCUUAAGGGGGUGCCUCAGGAAGAGUUUAGGAGGUUGGCCUCCGGGGAGAAAAAGCAUAAGCUGUAA